UUUGCAGGUGCUGGAAGCUCGCCCCUCCACUAUGCUGCUUGUGGUGGAAGUGCAGUUUGCUGUGAAGUUCUUAUUGCCAGAGGAGCUAGUUUGGAUGCUGAAAACUCGAAUGGCUGGACUCCUUUGAUGGUAGCCCGUUCAUGGCAUAGAAAUUGGCUUGAGGGCAUCUUAAGUAAUCAACCAGAUCAUCGCGUAAAGAUCCUUCCUUCCCCGUAUAUAUCUCUUCCCCUUAUGAGCAUCAUGAGGAUUGCUAGAGAAUUUGGUUGGAGAAGCACAAUCCAGUCGCCUGCAUGCAUUGAUCCAUGUGUUGUUUGCUUGGAAAGAAGAUGCACAGUUGCUGCUGAAGGUUGCAAUCAUGAGUUCUGCACCAGAUGUGCUCUCUACCUGUGUUCCACCAACAGCACAUCCACCAUCCUAUCUUCUCCGCCGGGAUCAAUACCCUGCCCCCUCUGCCGGCACGCUAUCGUAUCGUUUGCCAAGAUCCCAGGGAUGAGCCCAACGAGGGAGCUGCCAAGAACGAGCCUCUCCUUGUCUCUCUGCGCCACAUGCCCAGCCGCGGACGUAUCGGAUUCUACUACUCCCAUGGCCACUCAGCUCUGCAAGCCAGACUUCCACUGCACACGGAUCCCUCCUCUGGGUUCCUCCUCGUUCUGGUCAUUGAGCUGCCAAAGGUUGCCCCCCACCAAGCUAUACUCCUCGCUCUGCAUGGGAGUUCCUGAGACGAGCUCGUGCCUGAUGAGAUGCUCGAGGUCUUUGAGGCGAUCGGCCUCUCAAGGGGAGAGCAGUGGAAGAUCGUGUCUUUUUGCCUUCAGCCAUAUUGCCGACAGCAGUUGACUUGGUGCAUGGCCGCGUCACGUCUUCCUCUUCCGCUGCUGCAUUGCGUGAAUGGUUUGAUGAAGUGCCAAAGGACUCGGAGCUUUCUCUAUAUACAUAGAUAUAUUCUUAUUAUCUGUGAAUAGAUUGUCUUGUGCUUUUGGUGUGCUGUGUAUGUACGGCAUUUUGCUAGUUGCUUCGUUCACAGUUCUUAUUGUGCUGCGUCAUUGAGCUCAACUUUGCUGCAUCCAUCAAAAUGCAAUUCUUGCCGCUGUGAAUCA